ACUAAUGAUUAUUUGUAGGUGGAGAUAUCCAAACUUCGAACAAGAAAACAAAUGUUGCUAAUAAUAACCCAAUGACAAUGACUUUAAAAAUAAAACCCAUGUCAUCCAUAGUCAAAGGGCGAUAUUGAGUAGGGUCACGAGGCCUAGGUUUAAAGAUUACUUUUUCAAUAAAGCAAUUAUUGAUCCCACUUUCAAAGAGCGUUAAUAACAAUCUUUUAACCCUGGGAAAAAUUGGCCAAUUGCCGCGCGCGUAGUACGAAUGAAACAGCCCUGGAAUCAGAGUUUUUUUGGGCAUAUGGCAGUGGGCAUAUCCAACAAGCGCAGUGUAGCCGAGGUACAACUCUUCCUCGACAACUUCCUCGAUCCAGAGGGUGGUAAACACAGUCAUGUUCAAUUUCUUCAUUUCGGAAAGAGUCUCAAGAUUACGGAGGCUUUUUUCAGCGGUGAAGAUCUUCGCUAA